AUGUUAACGUUAAUUUGGAUAUUGCCGGUUGUAUCGAUCUUGACAUUAGUUACUUAUCGAAAAAUUAAUCUUGAAAAUUGCACGUACGAUUACGAAUUCGGUCAAAGUCUUGCUUUAGCCGACGCUAUUUCUGCAACUGCCACCUCGGCUGUCCUAUUUUUCAUACCUUUAAGUGUUGUUAUCAUCGUCUAUACCAGAAUUUUUUUUGUAAUUAAAUCACACACUAAAGAGCUGUAUGCUGGUAAAGACAGUAAAACUAUAAAGAAGAAGGUCAACAGAAACUAUAAAGCCAUCAUCCAAAUGGUCGUAUUGAUUGGUGUAUUCGUUAUCAUGUGGUUGCCAUUUGCUGUAUUAUCAAUUGUUGCUUCCUUAGUUAUUGCAUUAGUACCUUCAUCCGACAUAAGUUUUGUUCCUUUGGUUACGUAUGCAUUAAUAUUUCGUUUCUUAGCGUAUUCAUAUCCCUUAAUACAUCCUGUCAUGUAUAGCUAUUUUAACGUACCAAUGAAAAUGGAGUUGCUACGUUACUUUUAUCAAUGCAUUGGUAGGGAAGAAGUCUUUAGACAUCGUUUGCAAACUGGACAGGGAACAGUCUUUUCUGUUCAUGAAGGAAAAUCGGCACAUACCAGAGAAAUAAAUGUAUCAUCUAUCGGUAAUUUCGAAAAUAGCGGAAAUCAAGAAAAUUAUCAAAAUCAUAGACGUCUAGAUAGUCGGGGUAAUAAUGAACAAAAAGACGGUCAACUCGAUAAACUACCUCGACAAAAGGUAGUAAGGAUUCAAGAAUCUCUCGAGUAUCUCUCAGCGUUACGCCAGGAUGGACUUAGCUACAAUAAGUAA